UAAUCAGCAAUGGAUCUUUGCUUUAUGAUAAGCUGUAGACAGUCUUCCUCUAACUACUAGUGACCCAAAGACAAAGUUUCCUAAAAAUAGCAGAAAGUUUAGUCAUUGUUUACAAAAGCACUCCUCCAUACAGUGUGUGUUUUCUUUCGGUCCUCUGUGUGGGGGUGUACAUUGCGCUCUGGACGGAGCCGACGGAGCCACCGAACUUCGAUCCCUGUUUUCACCGCGGGAUCAAUCGCCAACCAAAAGUCUCAUAUUGAUCCAACAAGUGUCAUUGCAUUGCAUGUGUACGAGCAGGCAACAUGGCGACGUACACUUGCAGAGUACAGUAUAUGAACGAUACGGAUCCAUUUGCGACUACUAUCUUUGCGGAACCUACUCGAGCUCCACAUUUUCAUUUUAAUGAAUAUCUACCCCUGGAAGAUCAAUUGCCGACCCUACACAGGGUCCUCCAACCUCCACAUAAGUUAGAGGAUUGUGGUCUACAACUCUCUCAUAAUGGAACAUACUUGGAUCUUGAACAAUCCAUUGACGAUCAGAGGGACGACUUUGAGGGCUUUGAACGAAAAGGCAGGAAUUCUGUUAUCGUGCGAACUCAGCUCACUGUCCGUGUUCGUGGCAUACAAGAGAAGCUCCUGAACUCGUCAGGAAGAGAGCUUCGACGAGCGCUCUUCUCCCUCAAGCAGCUCUUCCAGGAUGACAAAGAUCUUGUCCAUGAAUUUGUUAGCUGCGAUGGCCUCGACUGCCUCAUCAAGCUUGGCUCUGAGGCUGACCAGAACUACCAAAACUAUAUCCUUAGAGCUAUUGGUCAGAUCAUGCUGUAUUUGGAUGGUAUGAAUGGAGUGAUUGAACACAAUGAGACAAUAAAAUGGCUCUACUCUUUACUUGAUAUACAGCAUCGUCUUGUGACCAAGUCAGCUCUAAAGCUCCUUCUUGUGUUUGUGGAAUACACGGAAACCAAUGCCCAACUUCUACUGCAGUCCACGAAGGAGGUGGAUGGGAAGAAUCGUAACAAGCCAUGGCACAAUCUAAUGGAGCUUCUAAAGGAUGAAGGGCAGGAUGCUGAAAUCAUGACCUAUGUUAUGACCCUCUUCAAUAAGACUCUCAAUGCCAUCCCAGAUCAGGACUCCUUCUAUGACAUCACAGAUGCCUUGGAGGUUCAAGGUAUGGAACAGGUUACACAGAGGCUGACGGGACGGUCUGGAACAGACCUAGACCUGAUGGAGCAGAUUCGCAUCUAUGAGUUUGCUCUCAAGCAUGAAGACGGUGAAGAGGACAUCCCGAUGCAACAGAAGCAAAGCUUACGCAAGGCACGGCGGAGCAUGGACCCUGCCACAGACCGGAAGAGCAUGAGGUCACUCCGGACCACGCCCGAAUGGGGCAACGAUGUCAACAAGAGGGUUUCUCUGGACCCUAAGCUGCGUAGUACGCCGGAGGAGACAUCAUCGAAUAGCGGGAACGAGGAUUGUCUGUCGGCACAGAGGAGGAGAAGGGAAAGGAGAAGAGGGCUGUCAGCGCAGAAUUCCAACUAUGACGAAGGGACCACACCCACCUCAUCACAGAACGGCAACGAAAGCGACAUGAUGAUGACAUUAGAAGAAAGGAGGCAGAGGAUACGAGAGAGGAACAAUGCCAUGAACUCUGACAGCAGCCCAAGUACUCCUAGUGGGGACCAGAAUGCUGCACCCAAAAAGCGACACAAGCUAUCCAUCCGAGCUGUUGUAAAAGAAGAGAGCACGGCCGAUAUCCUCAGCGCCUCCCCUCAAACCCCCCAAACAGAUCCUCUUAGAAAUGAAAAGAAUCAGUCGUCAGAAUCUUCAACCAACCAAUCAUCAUCUCGCAAUGACAGCAAUGCUAAUGAUGAUUGUGAUUUUGUUAUGCGUGGACCAAUGUCACCUUCUGUCGUCUUGGCAACAAGUCCAACAGAUGGCCUUGCCUCCAAGCCGCCAUGGUCGCCCGAUGACCAGCAUAUUACCAAGAAUGCAGUAGAGCACGUAGAGAGCAUGGAAGGGGAGAGUCAGGAAAAGGGAACCGAUCACCAGGAGUGUGAUCCUGGUAGUUGUCAUGGCAACAAAGAAAAGGAAGAAGAUAUUCCUAAAGAGGAUGAAGAUAAUCUUGAUCAGAAUUCAUCUGAUCAUAAGGAUGAAGUUACACAUCCUCUUGAAGAGGGAGAAGAUAAUAAAGAUCAAGUUGAAGAGGCAGAUGAUGGUGAUGAGGAGUACAAUGACGACAGUAAUAAAGAUGAUGAAGAUGACAAAACUGAAGACCAAAAUAUUGAUGCAGAGGGAGAAAUUAAAGAUGAAGAUGGAGAAAUAAAUGUGGAUCAAGGGGGAUCCCCACCGGAAGAUAUAUGUUGCCAUGACGACCCAAAGGAUUACAGCUCUGGUGGAGAUCGUCUCAGGCCGGUGAUUAAGGCGGAAUCAGGCAAAGAGAAUGGGGAGGAUGAGAACUAUGGAACCUGGCCCUCCCCUGCAAGGAGGCGGAAACAGUACGAGAGGAAGGCACAGAAUCCACGGCAGAAGAAGAAGGAUGAGGACGAUGGGGAUGACAUCAUGGCGUUGCUCCGAGGAGGGUCAUCGUCGGGGUCGAAAAACAAGGAUACAAACUCUGGAGGGCCGGUUGAGAAUGGCAAUGAACUGAACCACUCAGUGGUGGUUACAAGGACUCGUAAGGCUACUAAACCUGAAGAAACAAAAGAACUAGAGGAUCGAAAGGAAACAUCUGGUAGACCAAGAGAAACGGACAGUCCUGCUGAUAAAAGGGUAGAAGAGAAAGCUGCCGAAAAGACAGAGGAUGCAGCAAGCAUUACUUUGAAGAGACCAACGAAUGAACAGAAUGUUGAUGCUGCUGGAAAGGAUAGAGAGAUGAGGAAUGUAGAAAAAGAGAAUGAGACCAAAGUGGAGAGUGGUAAGGGUUCUAAAGGGGGAUCGUCAAAGAAGCCUGUUGAGAGGCGAAGAAGCAUCAAGGCCAUGGUGAGCAUCACUAAGGAGGAAGAACAGAUUGUGGAGGAAACCAAUGAUAUUAAACCUGAUGAAACAAGCGACAAGUCUGCUGAAGAAUCAAGGAAAGAUGAGACUAAACAAGAGAAUCUAAAAGACCAAACCAUAGAUGGGCCGAAGCUGAAUGCCGAGGUUGAGAAGAAACACGAGUUGAAUAGGGAGGAUGGUAAAGAGAAAGGUCAGGAGAAUGACAAGAUCGAGAAUGGAAGCCUCAAAGGCAAAGGAAGGGGAAGGUCGCAAAGAACCAUGAAUAAUAAAAUCUUUGCCAAUGAGAAGGAAGAUGACUUGAUGACACUGCUUACAGGAGGUGUUUCAUUACCAAGGAACUUCAAGACCAAAGAUCACAAACACAAGUGUCCCGGGGAACACACGAAAAAUGGGACGAUUGAGCGUAAGAACGGAAAGGGAGGAGAGAAGAAGAAAGGGAAGGAUGAGACUGAUUUUGGCACUUGGCCAAGGAAGAAGAAAAAAGAUGUUGAAGAGAAGAAGAUUGAUAAAGAGGAAGACAUCAUGGCAUUCUUGAAGGGUGGCUUGGAUGCAACAAACGAUGCAGAAGAGGAGGAAGAAGAAGAAGUGAAGGGACACAUCUGUGAAAUUUGUGGACAGAACCUUGAUGAGAUGUAUGAUGAAGAGGAGGAAGAAGAGGAGAAUGCGGAAGAGGUGGGAGAGAGGGAGGAGGAGGAGGAAGAAGAAGAAGAGGAUGAGGAAGAAGACAAGAACAAGGAUGAGUACUCGACCAAAUGUGAAGAGACCCUUGAGGAAGUCGACAAGGAACCAGAGCUUUUCAGACGUCACACCCAGAAGGACAACAACAUGGAUGAUCUGCUGAUGAUCCUUAGGAGUGGUAGCCAGAGUGUACCAACUCCAGAUGAGGAAGAUGAUGAGGAUGAGGAGGAUGAUGAAGGAGACGAGACCUCAACCUCUGAAGAAGAUGUUACCGUCAAGGAAAAGCCUAAAAGUUUGUGGGGAAUGUCAAGUGAGAAUAUCAAUUCUGAUUCAUCAUCCAUUCUCUAUGGAGAUACUAGUGCUGACAAAUGGGCUCGCCUGGCUAACCCUGAACCCAUCUUGCGAAGGACACAUUGGGGUCUGCUGCCCACUACAUGGAUCCCUUACUGCCCGGGAGAGCUAGCCAGUUCCCCGUAUGCCACACUCCCAAGACAGAAGCACCCUGUAACCACCAGGAGCUCCUCCGUUACCUCCAAGCCCCCUACAGGGGUAACCGCUACACCCCCAUCUACCUCUUACACCUCCUCCACCACCCCUCGCUCCAGCUCUAGGGGUACGGAGAGGAGUUAUGGUGAUGGGAGGACAGAUAGUAGUUCUACCAGAAACAGGAGCUCGGAGAGUAGUUGUACCGAUAGGCGGGCAGAGAGGGGGACGGAUAGGGAUAAAUACAGCUCCAGUUCAACAAAUGACUCCUCCUAUUCCCGAUCAAACCGUGAAUACCGUCGUUCGUCAUCGUCGUACGAGCCUUCUUCAAGAAAGAGCAGUGUAUCAUCCCGACCUGCCGAACCUUCAAUCGAUGAAGAAAGGACGAGUAGUUACACGCCGUACUCGAGCAGCCGAGAUUCGGUGCGACGUUCAGUGUCCACCGAUCAGCCGUCAUCCUCCUAUUCCUCGUACAGGAGCGACAGGCUGUCGAGAUUGGGAGACACUACAUCUGUGGUCAAUGUACCACGAUCCCCCACUUCCCCCUCCUCCCCCUCCUCAUCAUCGUAUAGCCAAAACGUCACUCCUCGAUCGUACCGUCGCUCGACCUCCAUCGAGUCUGUCAAGUCACCGACAACGAAGUCACCUACGACUACCAAGAAGGAACCUGAGAAUGAUAUAAUGGCCCUCCUUUCAUCAGGCGAUGUAUCUAAAGAUAGGAGCUCAACUACGAGCAGCACCUCUUCAUCUUCUAAACAGUCAAGUACAAUAAUUAAGCCCUCGUGGCAAUUUGAUGAAGUCUACGACACGCUUCCUUCAACAUCAUCCUCAAACUCAAAGUCUAAAACAGACGAUGAACUUUGGGAGAAGUAUAACAGUGAUUCUUAUGCUCAGAAGAGGAAAGAACGACGAGAACAGUUGAGAAAAUAUCUAGAAGAGGACACGCCCCUCAUACCAUCAAGGUUAGAACGGUCUUCAUCAACAAUGUCCACAGACUCCACAGAAAGUUCAAGAACAUCUUCAUCAAGAAGAACAGACACAACACCCAGUACAUCAAUGGAUGUCUCAUCUGGAAGUGUAUCGUAUAGAAGAAGAAGGAAUAGAGAUACAGAUAAUGAAUCUAUUGCAUCCACAGACACAACUGAAACCAAGAAAGAAGAGUUAACCAUGUCUUCCUAUGUUCCAAGGUCAAGAAGGAGACCUGAAGCUGUUGAAGAGAAACCCGCUGAAGAAAAAUCUGCCGAAAACAGCACAUCUUUGAGCAUGCCGUAUAGAAGCAGGAGACGACGAAUGUUUGAUGAUACAACAACAACUAAAACCACUACCAAUCAGGAAUCAUCAAGUACAAAGUCCUCUGAGAGAAGGCCGAGAGACAGGACGACAUCCGAGUCUUCAGAUAAAACCACUGAAAACAAAGAGUUAAAGAAACCUGAUUAUCUUACAAAUGGCAUCGCUGCACGUAGGAGUAGACAAGCAGAAGAAAAGAAGGAAAGUAAGACAGAGAAGACAUCAACAGUAAAUGAAGUGAAGGCAUCCACUCCACAAACAAAGAGAGAGUCCGACACCAGAUCGGCUAAUGUUAUAUUAGAUCAAUUGAGAGGCGGUGAUGUCAAAGCCAAACCAGUUGAAAAUGGUGAUAUUUCUGCAAUCUCAAACACUGAUGAUGAAACGUCAAGUAGAUACAGGUGGAGAAGAGACAAGGAAGCUGACAAGAAGGAGAAACCAGAAGAGACCAAGGUGGUGAAUGGUGACACAUCUUCAGUGAGUAAACCAAAGGAAGACGUAGAAACCAAGAAGAAAGAUGAGAUCAGGGAACCAGUCCAAGACAAACCAGCAGACACCAAAGAUGAGGAGAAGAAACUUAAUCAAAAUACAAGGAGAACUUUUAUUGUGAAAAAACCUCAAAUCCAGAUAGAAGAAACAGAGGAGAAGAAAAAGGAAGAAACUUCAGAAAAUAACAAGAACAAGGAACCAAGUGAAGAGGAGAAAGAGGAAGUAGUUGUGCCUUUGAAACCAGUUGUAACAGAUACUAAAUCUGCUGUCAGGACUACAGACAAAAAUGAACAAGCACCAAAAGUGAUUGUUGAAAAUGGUAAGGCCGAGACUGAUCCGUCAGAUCGCGGGAAUUUAUUGUCCGUGACGACCAGUGAUCAGGAAGAGAAUGGUUCAUCGGGUAAGGUGUCACGGAAGAUAUCGACUACCUUGCAGAAUGUGAAAAAAUUGGAAGAGCGCAAGGUAGAACUUCAGGAAGUGAAAGAGAAAGAGGAGGAGGAGAAAAAGAAGUUGCAAGAGGACAAGGAAAUCUUGAACAAUAGCGGUGCUGUUCAGUCUAUGCAUAAACAGUUACAACAGCAACAGGAAAAAUCUGAGGAUCAGAAGGAGAAGACAGGACCACGUGGGGAUGUUAGUGGGAAGAUCAGUCAAGCCAUUGAGGGUAUCAAGGUCAGUAAUGUCGCUCCUAAGGCACCGGAACCUGUAGCGCCCAAGGAGGAUGAAAGCAAGAAGGAAGAGGAAGCUUGGGAGGAGGUUCUGAAGCUUAACGAUCGCGAGCUGCGGGUUAACAAAUGGGACUUCACCGAUCUGUGUCGGGAUGAUGACAAAGAUGUCCUUAAGCCGAUCCCGUUGAUGAUGGGUAUUGUACCUCACAUGACUGCUGCUGAUGGGGCACCACCACCACCACCUGUUCCUGGUCUAGGUGGACCCCCUCCACCACCCCCUGUCCCUGGUGCUCCACCUCCACCUCCCGCCAUUGGGGGGCCAGGGGCACCUCCACCACCACCACCAGUCAUCGACAGCAACACCUUCCCCAAAUCAAAGAAGAAGAAGACCGUCCGCCUCUUCUGGAAAGAGACCCAGCCAGAAACUAUGACUUUGGGAAGGAACGGUAUCAAAUCCACCAUUUGGACCCAGCUGGAUGAUGUCAACCUCGACAGUAAAAAGCUAGAACAUCUCUUUGAGUACAGAGGAAAGGAUCUUAUUACAAAGGAUCAUCAGAAAGCGAUGGAGGCAAACAAGAAGAACUUCAUCACGGUGCUAGAUCCUAAGAAAUCCAACGCAAUCAACAUUGGACUAACUGUACUCCCACAACCGAGGUCCAUCAAACAAGCUAUCUUGAAUAUGGAUAGCAUGGUGAUGAACAAAGAGGGUGUGGAGAAACUCUUGAGUAUGGUACCAUCAGAAGAAGAGGUUGCUAGGAUACAGGAAGCCAUGGUAGCAAACCCUGAUGUGCCUUUAGGAUCAGCUGAGCAGUUCCUUCAUAUGUUAUCAACCAUCAGUGGUUUGGAAGCAAGGCUCAAUCUAUGGCUCUUCAAAAUGGACUAUGAUAACAUGGAAGAGGAAGUUGCAGAACCAAUGGCUGACCUGAAGAAAGGCAUAGAAGACCUGAGAGAAUCCAAAACCUUCAAGAAGAUCUUAUCAACAUUGCUUGCCAUAGGAAACUUCUUGAACGGCGGAAGAACUGCUGCUGGUUUCAACCUUGAGUACUUGAGUAAGGUUCCAGAAGUCAAAGACACAGUCCACAAACAAUCGCUCCUUCAUCAUCUUUGUGCAACGGUCAUGGAACAGUUCCCUGAUAGCUCGGACUUCUUCUCAGAGGUUGGAACUAUCUCAAGAUGUGCAAAGGUUGACUUUGACCAACUAACAAUCAAUCUUGCCAAGUUAGAAGAACAGUGUAAGGUGUCUUGGGACCAUCUUCAAGUCAUUUCACAACAUGAGAAAACAUCACAGAAUAAAAACAAGUUACAUGAUUUUCUACAAGAUUGUGCCAAGAGAAUAAUAGUACUCAAGAUAGUUCACAGAAGAGUCAGCAAUAGAUUUAACAAGUUCUUAUUGUACCUGGGUAUGAGUACGAGUGCAGCCAGGGAGGUCAAGAUUAGUGACUUCUGUCGUAUUAUCAGUGAGUUUGCUUUGGAGUACCGUAGCGCUAGGGAACGCAUCAUAGAACAAGAGAAGAAGAAAGCCAACCACCGGAAGAGGAAUAAGACAAGGGGCAAGAUGAUCACAGAGAACUUUUCAAUCAGUAAAGACAGUGCAGAGGAUGCCAAGUUAAAGGAACUACUUAGCACCCAGCAAGGAACAGCGCCGGGCGAUGAGACGUUACAGAGCAGACAACGAGCUAGACCUUCAAUGAGCGGCCGUCUGAACAUGAGCAUGACGGCCGAUGAAGAAGUGGCCGAUGAACAAACUGAUGAAAUGAUCCAAAUUCUUGUCAACACAGCCAAAAAUACCAGCUCACGAUCUGCCCCGCGAGAGCGUAAACGCACUCGCAACACCAACCGGAAAUCUCUCAGGAGAACACUGAAGAGUGGAUUGACGGACGCGGAGAGACAAGCACUGGGUCUCUUACACGCCAAGUCCUCGGAAGUCCAUGUAUGAUGACCAACUGCCUCUGUCCCUAUGCUAAGGACCGGUAUACCCCCUUCUAUCCAUCACCGAUGGCACAUUGCAUCAUUGGAGAAAGACCAGGAGAGGAUGAUCAAAGAAUGCUCGUUUGACUUUGAGAUGAAGUUGUUGAGUGCAUUAUAGGUCACACGCACCAGAUUCUUCAUGUUUCCAUUAUCAUAUUCUCAAUGUCUGUUCGGGCCAGAAGGCUGUUAACCAGCACCUUAUGUAACUGUGUGGUCCCUGUGCAAAGUCUGUGGAAAUUACAGAAUUCCAGUGUGGUAGGGUUAAAAUCUCAGCUGUGCCAAGAAGUGUUAACCCUUUGAAUACUGGGCUCUGUGAAUAUGUCUUUAUCCCGGGAUCAUAGAGUAUGGAUUAAAAUCCCUUCAGGUUUAAUGAGGAUAAUCUUGUUGCAAUGACUCUCAGAAUCCUGAAAGUGAGGACAUGAAAUGAUUGAAAUGCACCGCGGGAUUGCCUUGGGUGACUCAAGUUUGGUGUUGGGUGUCAGUGUUUAAGAACGUGAAUCAGGGUUGUGAACGACACUGACUGUGAGUCUGCAAGACUGAUACCAACCAUAUCAUUGAGAGCAGAACACCUAGUGACAUUGAUCCAAACACCAAACUCAUCCCAAGUUUGGUGUUACACAUGGUUAUUUCUGUAACACCUUCUAACACCAAACUCCAACUUUAAACACUAAACUUAAAACACCCAGUGGAUAUUUCUUGUGCAUCUCAAAUAUUUGUGUUAUGCUACUCAUUUGGUAAUGGGACUCCUACUCUGACAGUAACAUUUAACUUAUCCUUUGAUGAAGUUAAGUAUUCACAAGUUGUGCUCAAUUAAUUAUUGCAAAGCUUUAUCCUUUGUCAAAGCUGUGCUGUGAACAUAUGAUGAUAAAUGUCCUUUUAUUAGAAAAUAAUUGUUAUAUUGAACUCUUUUUAAUCUGAAUAAACCGUUUCUCUGCUUGGAGAACAACAAACGUGGCCUUUGAAGCAAUCUCUAUCAGUAUUUUCUUGAUGAGGGUAAGUCAUAAUGUGAAACUGUGUGAUUCGAUAUGAAGGGGGAUAUCAUGAUAUUGUGGCAUUAUAGAUACUGAAAUUGUCUAAUGCAAUCAUGUGAUUUGAUUAAGAGGAUAAUGGAUCAAAUGGCGUUGAUAAACAAUACGUUGUUACCAGCUGAGAAAGCACAAAACUAAAAACGGAUAUUUAUGAAAGAAAAAAAAAUUGUGAACCAGGAAGUUGAGCUUUCUUUUCAUCUAUAUUUUUGGAAUAAUUGUGAUGUUUUAUUGUUUUUAUCUCACAAAGAGUUUUAUAUUUGCAAAUGGGUAUAGUGGGUGGAAGAUGUAGUGUGCAAUUUUGGUGUUUACCUUGUUCAUUUUAGUGUGUGUGUCUGUUUCAUUUGAAUUUACAAAUCAGAGAUAUUUUGUACAUUUUUAAGAGAUAUUAGUCAUCUUCUCUGCCAUGCCCUAUGUAAUUAUGCUUGAGAAGCAAGGAAUUAAUACUAAUUAAAAUAGAACCUAUAUAUAUUCUUGCUCUUCGGCAGGAGUUUUCAAACAGAAUUAUGAUAAAAACCAUCAGUGGUAGAAUUUUGAUAGUAUCGUCGAUGCAUUUUAUUCUGAAAUUGAAAAGAGAUAACAAUUUUACAGAAAAUUAGCAAUAUAAAUCUGCCACAAGUUGUAUUCUGAGGGUUGUCUGAAUGUAUCUGUUGAAGAAAAAAAGGAGAAAAUUAUUAAUUUCAUUUUGAAAUAUCAUCAUAUAUUUUAAAGACUUUUCCAGUGCAGUUUGAAAGUUGAAUAAUGUGUAGUUUGACUUUCAUUUUUUUUCAAAUUACAAACAGUAAAAUAUAUAAGAAAUAUUGAAUAAAAAGUGUGAAAAGAAAUUGAAUGACAAAAAAAAGUUGAUGAAUUCUUUUGUCAUAAAUAUGUUGAUAAAAUAUACUUUUUUUCUAUGCAAGAAAAAUAUUGAAAUUUGUCUAUAGAGUUUUGUUCUUCUGUUAAUCAUAUCAAAAAUAAAUAUUCAAAAGCAUGGGUUGUAUAUUUUCUACUUCGAAAUGAAUUUAUAAAUGUGAUUGUAAAGAGAUUUCUUUUUGUAAUGUAAAUUAUUGUACUUAUGAUAUUUUAUCUCAUCUUUGCAUUAAUUAGAAGGAUUUUACCUAAUGCAAAUUUUGCUGAAAUCCAGAAUUGU